AUGGGUAUUGCUAGUCUCCUUCGUUCAUUAUUGAAAAAGAAUGCGCACAAGACAAACGACGAGGUAGAAGAAGAUAUGUAUGGCUUUUAUAGGCGCAUUGAGAGCCAGAGCAGAGUGAAGAAGAAUUACUUGAAUGACAAGGUAAGACUCGUUCUUGUAGAUUGGCUGAUAGAAGUACAUACGGAAUUGGGUUUUGCGCCGGAGACUCUGUUUCUUGCUGUCAACAUUGCCGACCGCUUUCUCUCGGCGGUGGUUGUGCCGUGGUCUGAGUUGCAGCUGGUGUGUACCGCCGCCUUAGUCAUAGCCUGCAAAUAUGAAGAGGAAUGGUUCCCUUCUUCGGUCGAGUUCUUAUACAUCCCACAAACUUACUUCACAUGCUUAUUCGAUGCUUCUUUCAGUCAAGAAAAAAUCAAUUCCAUGGAAAAGAAAAUCCUAAACAAGCUGGGAUGGAAAAUUAUGGUUCCAACGAUCCAUUCUUUCUUGGUUGAAAUUCUUGCAUCUUCUGACUGUGGGGAUACUAACCAACUCUUGAAGAACAUGGCUUUCUAUUUGGGCGAACUUGCGAUGAGCGAUUAUGCUACCACUACAACGUAUUCACCGUCCAUGAUUGCUGCCUCUACCAUCUACGCAGCAAGAUCCUGCAUACUAAAACAGAGUCAUGGCUGGGAAAAAGCUCUUCAGAAGACUGGUUAUUCCAAACGACAACUAGCUUGCUGUGCUAAACUUCUUCUACAACUGGCUAAGAUGACUAAACAUGGGAUGCCGGAAAGAAAGGUUUUUGAGAAAUACUCGGAUUCUACAUGGGAUGCAGUUGCUCUAAUACCUUAA